AUGCCUAUGGUCGUGCCUGGUAUCAACUCCUCCAUGGGGGACAAGUCAGAGUGGGCCAACAAGCUGAUGGGAAAGAAGAUCAGCGACUCGGGGAGUGAUGAGGUGUCUUUCGCGAAGAAGGAUCUCCCGGAAUCUCACCGUGUACUGAAGCCCGAUGAUAUGAAGACUAUGGACCACAACCCGGAUAGACUCAACGUCCAUGUUGGCCACGAUGGCACCGUUCAGGAUGUCACCUACGGUUAA